UAUAAUUAAAACAAUAUACAACAUUUCUAUAUGAACGGACAGAUUAGGCUACAAUGCACCCUGAUAUUGACAAAUGACACUUCAACACCUGCAGGCACCGCACCUUUGAAUACAAAGGAAACAUACGCCACCUGGUUGUCUCAGGUGAAAUAGUCCCAAGGUUUCUGCCAGCUCACAUUUCACAGGUGAGCAAGUUAUAAAGCUGCACUGAGCGUGUUUCCAGUUAACAUUGUUAGUUUCUUAUAUGCUCAUGGUAAAAGUUGUAUGAUCACAGUUUUAAUAUUGACAACAAAUAUAUCACAUUAUAGUGUUUUGUGAUGCUCCAAAUCUUUUUAAAGCAUUUAACUCCGCCCACUUGGGUUGGUCCUGAGGUGAGCCGGCUAUAAACAGCUGCUCACAGAGUUGUAGGUGAGACUGACUUCAGCACUCUGGCAGGUAUGACAGCUCAGCAGAAUUUAUUCGGAGUAAAUUCAAAGCUCUCCGCGUCUUGACGAAAAUAAACCGGACUUUACGCAGAAAGCAAAUUGGAUAGGUAAUAUAAAGCGGAACAUACAUCAAAGACAAUGAAGUUGGAGGUGUUGUGUGGUAGCCACUAUAACACGAAGCAUUUCGAGAUGUCCAAGGAUGCAGAAGUGAUUGUGCGCUCUCCCCUUUCUGGCGAGGAGGAGCUCGGUUCGGAUGGAGACUGCGUGGCGAACAGCCCUGCACCUGUUACUCCGUGCUACAGCGGCACAUCCAAGCCGUACACUCGGAGACCCAAACCCCCGUUCUCGUACAUCGCUCUCAUCGCCAUGGCCAUCCGGGACUCCUCCUCUGAAAGUCUGACUCUGGCAGAAAUAAACGACUAUCUGAUGAAGAGAUUCCCCUUCUUCAGAGGCAGCUACACCGGCUGGAGGAACUCUGUUCGACACAACCUGUCUCUGAAUGACUGCUUCCUCAAAGUGCUCAGGGACCCGUCCAGACCUUGGGGAAAGGAUAAUUACUGGAUGCUCAAUCCCCACAGCGAGUACACAUUUGCUGAUGGGGUGUUCCAGCGCAGAAGAAAACGCAUUGAUAAAAAAUCAAACAGAGAGCCAAAGGUGUCCGCAGAGGAGCCGCCGAGCAUUCAGCAGACUGCCCCCGCCACCAAGACUGAUUCAUGCGUCAAGUUUACAAGUUCCUUUGCGAUAGACAGCAUCCUCAGCAAACCUUUCAAUAGAAACUCAAACAUGGGACAUUUACCUCACCCCCCUGCCCCCACCCCCACCUGGCCGCACUACACUGGACUAAUGAUGGCUCAUUUGAAUACACCUGCCUCGUUUUCAUACGUCAAGUCAGCCUGCUGCAUGGACUCCUUUUCUGCGCAUGUGCCAAACGGCUAUCAGUGCAGACUGGCGUCACAGACAGUUCUUCAAUAUCAGACAUAAAUGUUUAUUUGAUGAUUACAAAUCCUCAUUGUGGACUGAUGAUGGACAAAAAGGAGGAUGAAGAGUUGACUUUAUUUUAAUGCCAAGGUGUUACAGAAUUGUUGUACCGUUUUAAGCAUUAUCAGAUUUGAUAUUUUAUACAGAAUUGUUUGUUAUAAAUGUUGCUGAACUGACUUGUAUUUUUUUCGUUUUUUUUAAAUGCACUUUGACUGUUGUGUCUAUUUCUUUAAUAAAGGUGUGCUCUUUACAAUGAAAUAAAAA